AUGAGCCCUGACAGGUCCCCGGAGAAGAGCACUGAGGGAGACACUGGGAGAACAGAGUGCAAGUCCACGGUGAGAGAUGCUUUCAAAGACAUUUCCAUAUACUUCUCCAAGGAAGAAUGGACAGAGAUGGGAGAAUGGGAAAAAAUCCGAUAUAGGAAUGUGAAAAGGAACUAUGAAGCACUGAUUACUAUAGGUCUCAGAGCCCCUCGGCCAGCUUUCAUGUGUCACCGCAGGCAAGCUGUCAAACCCCAGGUGGAUGACAUUGAGGAUUCUGAUGAAGAAUGGACACCAAGGCAGCAAGUUAAACCUUCUUGGGUGGCCUUCAGAGCGGAGCACAGUAAAUACCAGAAGGGAACAUCCCAGGUGCCAGUAAGUAAGAAAUCUAGUCUGAGGGAGCUUUCAGGAGGAGCACAACUGCCAAAGGCAAGUGGCCCCGAGCGGGCCCGGAGAUCAGCGCCCCCUCCCGCAGAGGCAGGCACCUCCGGACGGCACGCUAGACAAAAACUGGAAUGCAGAACAAAGGAGACUGAAGUGAAGAUGUAUAGCCUACGAGAAAGAAAGGGCCACGUGUACCAAGAGGUCAGCGAGCCCCAGGACGACGACUACCUCUAUUGUGAAAAGUGUCAGAACUUCUUCAUUGACAGCUGUACUGCUCAUGGGCCCCCCACAUUUGUAAAGGACAGUGCAGUGGAGAAGGGGCAUCCGAAUCGCUCAGCCCUCACUCUGCCCCCUGGCUUAAGCAUCAGAUCAUCAGGCAUUCCUGAGGCCGGGCUUGGAGUGUGGAAUGAGGCAUCCGAUCUGCCGUUGGGUCUGCACUUUGGCCCCUAUGAAGGCCAGAUCACAGAAGAUGAAGAGGCUGCCAACAGUGGAUACUCCUGGCUGAUCACCAAAGGGAGGAACUGCUACGAGUAUGUGGAUGGAAAGGACAAGUCCUGGGCCAACUGGAUGAGGUACGUGAACUGUGCCCGGGAUGACGAGGAACAGAACCUGGUGGCCUUCCAGUAUCACAGGCAGAUCUUCUACCGCACCUGCCGAGUGGUCAGGCCGGGCUGUGAGCUGCUGGUCUGGUACGGGGAGGAGUACGGCCAGGAGCUCGGCAUCAAGUGGGGCAGCAGGUGGAAGAGCAAGCUCGCGGAGGGGAGAGAACCAAAGCCCAAGAUCCAUCCAUGUACCUCCUGCUCUCUGGCCUUCUCCAGUCAGAAAUUCCUCAGCCAACACGUGGAACGCAAUCACCCCUCACAUAUCCUCCCGAGAACAUCAGCAAGAGACCACCUCCAACUACAGGAUCCCCGCCCAGACAAUCAAAAUCAGCAGCAGCAAUAUUCUGGUUCACACAGCUGGAGUGACAAACCUGAGGGUCUAGAGGUCAAGGAAAGGUCCAAACCUUUGCUGAAACGGAUAAGGCUGAGGAGGAUUUCAAGGGCCUUUUCCUACGCACCCAAAGAACAACUGGGGAGUUCUAGGGUAUAUGAGAGAAUGAUGGAGGAAGAGCCCAGCACAGGCCAGGAAGUGAACCCAGAGGACACAGGCAAAUUAUUCAUGGGGGCAGGAGUGUCAAGAAUUAUAAGAGUCAAGUACAAAGGGGACUGUGGGCAAGGCUUCAGUCUUAAGUCAGGUCUCAUCACACACCAGAGGACACACACGGGGGAGAAGCCCUAUGUCUGCAGGGACUGUGGGCGAGGCUUCAGUCGUAAGUCACAUCUCAUCACACACCAGAGGACACACACGGGGGAGAAGCCCUAUGUCUGCAGGGACUGUGGGCGAGGCUUCAGUCGUAAGUCACAUCUCAUCACACACCAGAGGACACACACGGGGGAGAAGCCCUAUGUUUGCAGGGAGGGUGAGUGA